AUUGGUCAAGUUGGAAUCAUGCUGACCAAUCACGUCUAAGUCUUACAGCUUACAGACAGAACUCAUCACAGUCGAGAAAAUUUCAUAAGAUGCUGGUUCUUCUGUAAAUUUUGGCUGAUUCCGGCAUUUCCCAGUAUUUUUGAAAGAAAACUCACAUUAUGGGCUCUAAUGAUGUCAUGCCAAAAGUAGACUUCAGCAAGGACAAGCCAAGUGAUUCGCAGCUGCAGUUCAUUAAACUAUUUGAGCAACAGAACCGUGAGCGAGCGGAAAAACUGCGCAGACUUCGCGUGAGGAACCUCUGGACUGCCGGAAUCCUCGGCGGCGCUGUUUUCGGCAUUUACGCGUACUCGAUGAUCGCUGUCCAGCAAGAGCGCUUCCUGGACGACUUCAACGAGCCCGCCCGUCAGAAUUCAGCACAAUAA